GCGUUUGAGAGACACGCCGGUGUUGUGCCGCUACAUUUUAUCACUAAACAAGAAAACUUCGCACGAUAUCGAAUAAGUUCAAGCAACGCAUAAACUUAAGACACUUUCUCGUAUUUCUUUCUUGAGAGAUGCGCACAAAGUGUCUUAAAUUGUCCUCGCAAUUUUCUUAGAGGACUUUCUUUGAGUAUCCUUAUUUGGCGCGCGUUCUCUUCACUUGGAACACAAUCAAAAUGUCACUUGAUCCCCAAGUGUGGACCAAAGCGACCGGCGCCGAUUCAGUGUUGCGGUGGACGAAAGUGUUGGACCUUCGCAUGCGCGAAAACGAAAUCCGUGAAGCAUGGAGAAGCCCAUAGUUCGCGCGAGAGUGGUGAAGGUCCUCGGCCGAACCGGAUCUCAGGGACAGUGCACGCAAGUAAAAGUGGAGUUCCUGAACGAGCAGAAUCGACAGCUCAUCAGAAACGUAAAGGGUCCGGUUCGCGAGGGAGACAUCCUGACGCUGUUGGAAUCCGAGCGCGAAGCCAGGAGACUUCGUUAAUUGCGAUGACAUUUUUGGAAGAACCGGAAGCGUGACUUGGACAACAAAAGAUCACGCGAGAAAGCGCAAUUUAAUUCUCUCCAAUUUUAUAAAUUUCUACAGUAAAGAUUUUUUUACAUUAAAUAUUUUACAUUUAAUUGUAUUAUUUCAAAACAAUGCAGCAUUUUCGCCGUUGUAUGCGGAUCUUGUCUAAUUUUACCAUGUUAAUAAACUAAUUCAUUACACGUG